AUGACAAAUUUGCCCCUCGAACUCUUCGAUAUUUACCGGCUCUGCCUCGACUGCCUGGCCGCCGUGUCCUCUGUGUUGUCCGCUUCGCCGCACUCGUUUCACUACCCGAGGGUGAGGAUGGUGAGUUGCCUUGUGGCAUGUGGGCGGUACAAGGAUGCGGAAAGUGAGGGGUUUAGGGUUUUGGAGAGCCUUAAGGCGAUUGAAUGUGGGUCGAAGAAAUCGGUGAAAUCGUGUCGGAGAUUUGUGCCGGAUGUGGAGAAGGGGGGCGGAGAUAAAGAUUUUGGGUCUUUGGUGGGUGAAAUUGUGGUGACGCUUGUGAAAUGUGCGGCCAUGAGUCAGAGUAAGGACAGUGAGGUGUUUGAGCGGGUGCUUUGUUUGGCUGAGGAGGUCAUGCCGUGGUUCCGGGUAUUAGAUGCAAGCACAUGUGAGAAGUUGCACAGGAAUCUGGCUGAAGUGGAAAAUUCAGGAAAAGAGUUUGUUGAACUUAUUGCUUAUUGUGCCAAAAAAUGUCAAACUACAAACACAAACCUUUGCGGUAUUAUUGGAUCUCAUUUAAAUAAGUUAGCAGGUGAUUUCCAUCAGGCUGGAACACCUUUUCAGUUAAUUCUGAGGGUUUAUGCCACUGGAUUGCACUUUGUUGAUCGUAGUAUGAAGUCAAAAGUUGGUCAUUUUCAAUCCUUUGAAGGUGCAAUUAGAGUUUUGCUUGAUGAUGGGGACACAGGGAAUCGCUUGUCCGGUUUGCUUGGUUCAUUGAGAAGUUAUUUCCAAAUUGGCUGCAAUGACGACUCUUUGUUAUCCAAUUCGCAAUUGAGUUCGGACAGUGGGGACUCAUUGAAUCAAAUGCAGAAGGAUAGAAAGAACUAUCUUCUGUGUUAUUUUAAUGCAUUGAAAUUCUUAUGCCAGCCGCUUACAGAGUUUGUAAAUUCAGGAAGGAAACAGAUUAUUACUAAUAAUGAAGCUGCUUCUGUUUCUACUGAAGUGUGCCAUAUCCAGGGUGCAUUCCAUCAGUUUUGUGACGUUUUUCUUUCUCUUAAAAUGUACAGAUGUACAUAUGAGGUGGAUAGAGAUGGAUUUGAUGGAAACAGCACCCUUGAUGUUGCUCUGGCUGCUUUUACCCUCUCCAUCAUAACAAAGCUGAACAUUCAGAAGAGUGUACAAAUACUUGAAAAUGUCAUCACCAGUGCUUGGAUUCAACCUCAUGGUCUAAAGCAUCUAUAUGUCUCUCUGUACAAUACCGGGGUACAUUUGUACAGGAACAAGGAGCUAAAAGAGGAUAGAUACUCUUUUUCAAUCUUAUUGGAUAGGGAUGUAGCUGCAUCACAGGCAUUGAACUUAUGUUGUAAGGCAUCAUGGACUCGUGUUAUACAUCUUUGUGAGAUGUUUGUACACAAACAAAGGGCGUCCGAGGUUGAUCUGUCAGAAGAUGCCAUUUUAGAUUUCUAUAAUGAGUGCUGUACGAGAAGUGCUUUUCUUUUGGACGUUCUUAAUGAAUUGCAGAGUUAUGAUGCGAAAAGAACUUUAUUAGAGAGCCUUGAAAAUUGGUCCAUUGCUGCAAACUUGUUUGGGAGGCUGCCAGGUCCUCUGGCUGUGGUGAAGCAGUGGGUUAAGAUGGAAUGUAAACGUUACAAGGAUGUGAAUGUUGAAGAUGAUGCUCCAACCUUAUACAGUUUGUUAUUGUCUUAUAAGAAAGUCCCAAAGAAGAUAAACGAAAUCGUUUUGGAACAGGAACUUCUUGCUUAUGAGGGAAUGACUGCUGUGAACCCUAAGUUUUGUCAGAAAAUGCAAAUGAAAAUUAUAGAUUUCCUGCUGAAAGAUGUGUAUGUCACACCAAAUAGUUGGUUACAAAAAUCAAGAAUUUUGUUGAAAAAGGGAAGGGCAUUAAGGCUUUCUGGAAGCAAAGGUCUGAAGGACUGUAUUCAGUGUUUAUCAGAUGCAAUAUGUUUACUUAGUGAGAUUUAUGAUGAAACCUGUACCCAUGAAAUUUCUCCUUGCCAUCAAUUAGCUGUGGCAUAUUGCUUACGUGCACUUUCUACCCAGGAAGCUGAACCCAACUCAAAGCGAGUGCUUGAAGAUAUCAGUGCUGCCAUUAAUCUAUGGUUGGGCAUUUCUACUCCUGCUAAUUGCUCUCCGGCUGACAAGUGCUCCAUGUUGUCUGAAAAUACUAUGUUGCUACUUUACAAUGUCAUUGAUUUGUUAUCCGCCAAGGGUUGCAUGGACUUUCACAAUGAUAUACAUAAGCUUAUGAUUAGAUUAUUUAAAUGGAGGAAUGUCCCAUUAGAGAAGUGCGUGGCCAGAUUUUGGGAAUGUAGGAGGAUUAGCCAUGCCCUUUGUGCCUCACCUGUAAAUGAGACAUUCAUUAUGAACUUAUCAGAUCAUUGUGGUGAACUUUCAAAGUAUGCUUUUUGGAUAGAUUCUCUAAAAGAUUCCACACCAUUACUAUUAGUGUUCCAACAUAGUUUCUCAUUUCUGUUUCCAAACUUUUCUCGGGGCCCAUGGAAUCAUCAAAAUUUGUUUCGAUCAGAUAUCACAAUUGAUGAAGUUAAGGAAGCUGCUUUUGAACUUAUAUCACAGGCUCCUGUAUCGACUUGGUCUGCUUACAUAGCUGGAUAUCUCUACUAUGAUUUAUCGGAAAGACUUGUUUCAAAUGGACGGUUAAUUGAGGCUCUCUCAUAUGCAAAAGAAGCUCACAACUUACGUGCUAAACUAUUUGGAGGGAAAUUUAUGUUCUCUUCUGAGCGACAGCCCAAAAAGUACAAUGAAGGGGGUAUCUGUCAGGAGUUAACAUAUAGCAUUCAUGAUAUGCAUAUGCAAAGAUCAGUUGCUAGUGAAGUUUGGCUUUUUGAUACUAGUUCAUGUGACCUGGAAAGCUAUUAUCUGAGUCCAUGGAAUGCACUUCAAUGUUAUCUUGAGAGCACUCUUCAGGUUUUUCUUCCUCUUUCUGUCAAUCUUGUCAAAGUUCAAGUCUGGACCUAUCUUUUACUAAGAUUGGAUUUGAAUUUGGAUCUCCCAUAUAACCUGCAGGUAGGGGUUAUCCUCGAAAUAAUUGGUAAAGGAGCUGAGGCCGAAGGAAAGCUUUACCACAAGCAGCAACUUUGGGAUUUGGCGGAAAAGGAACUGCAAAGUGCCAAGCAAUAUUUUGGGGCUUGCAGCACAGAUCUCUCUUGCAUGAAAUGCAGAUUGUUGCUGGAAGCAACUGUUAAUCAGAAUCUUGGCGAUUUAUAUCAAAGCAUUUUUGAAAAUACAAGAAGUACAUCGUCAGAUAAGUUGUCGCAUGCUGAAAACCUGUACAAAUCAGCCAUUGCCAUACUAAAUCUUUCUGAGUGGAAAAAUUCUGUUAGUUGUCCAGAAGAAGAGUGUGUCGAAUGGACAAUGCCUGGAAAAGCUAGUCUUAAAGACGUUGGAUAUUGUGCUAGCAGUAUAUAUACUGUUUCUGAAGAAAAACAGCAUGAUAAUAGAAAAACCACUAAGGAGGGCCUGAAAAGCAAGAUGGAUGCUAAAAAAUGUAAAAAGACCAAAAAUGCACCAAAACUGGUCGUGAAGAAUCAGGUUUCAGUACCUGAGCACAAUUUGAGGGUAACUCGGUCUAGAUAUCAAUCUUCUCAGAACCAAAGCAUAAGUGGAAAUGGCAUCGUCCAACUUGGUCCUUCAAAACUUCUGCAAGGAAAAAGUGAGUGCGAUAGCCCUGAUACUUUUAGCAAGAGGGAAUUUCUAUUGGAUUUAAAAAGCUGUGAGGUUGCUUUUGGGUGCAAUGUAACUUGCAUUUGCAACCAAAUGAGGUGUUGGCAGUGUCUUCCUGUGGAAGUUAUGAAAUCUGGGUUAGUGAAAGACUUAGUACAUUUAAAAUGGGAGUUUGUCCGCCGGCGUUUAUUGCUCAGGCUUCUCACAGGAUUAGGAAAAUGCUUGGACAGUCGUGGUCAAACUCAUGAGACACAUGAAAUUAUAGUGCAAACUGUAUCAGUCUUGGUCAGCCGAAACCCAUUUUGUCCUAUUACCUCAACUGUUCCAUUGACUUCCUUGCUUGAUUUAAUGGGAAAGGAGAUCCCCGGGGAUGUGUUCUGUGUUGAACGGGCAGAAGUACUGUUGAACAUAAGUUGGUCGUCUUUGAAGAGUUACUGUUCUAAGGAAACCAGGAGUAUGUGCUCUGAUCUGCCUCAUAUUCAGCUACCAAAACUAGUGUCUUGGUUGAUGCUAGCUUUUGUUCUCUGCCGCGACGUUCCUGUGGAUGAUCACGGCGUUGUAAUGGUUUCCAGAUUGCUUGCCGCUAUAUUUGUGCUUUCUACCUCAAGUGAUCUUUUUUCUUUGUCAUCUUCUUCUAAAACUCUCCGCGAAAACCAUUGGGCUUCUUAUUUCCAUCAAGCUUCACUUGGCACUCAUCUUAGUUGCCAAUUUUUCACAAAUAUAUCUGGGAUAUGUAAUGUUCAGCACCUUGUAAACACUGAGGGUUCACAUGUUCCUGGCUCAACUUGUUUGGGAUCAGAAAAAAAGAAUUUACUCAGGCUUGCACCUGAGUCUAUUCAAGAACUUGAAGGAUUUGUAACACUGUUUUUUGCCGGCCUUCCUUGCACAACAAUUAUCUGUAUAAGUUUGCUCGGAAGCCCUUAUGCUAGUUUCCUACAGGAGCUGUUGUCCUUUCAUACUUGUGUUCAUGCAUGGAUUCUUGUAUCACGCUUGAACUUGAAGAGUCAACCUAUUGUUAUGCUUCUACCUGUGGAUUCAGAGAUUCCUCCGAUGAUACAAGUUCUGGUUCUGUUAGUGUUUCUGACGGAAAGGUUGGAAAGCGUUGGUGCUGCCCAUGGGGUUCCACUGUGGUUGAUAGGGUAG